GUUGUGGUGUGGAAGCUAAAGAAAAGAGAAGGAAAAAAGUAGGGGAGGAUCCAUAGAAGUGUCUGGAAUCCGAAUCCCAUCCGAGGUGGUUUUGCUGUUUGUGUCUUCACUCUUCACCCCCUCCCCUCCUGCAAUUACCCAAGCGAUCUCUCACUCACUCUAUUUCUCUUUCUCCAUCACUAUUUCAGAACCGUUGCCACCAUGAAGCGCCUAAACGACGACGUUGCCAACCCCUCAACGGCGAAGCCAACGUUCCUAACCAAAGCCCAACGCGAGCAAUUGGCCCUCCAACGUCGCCAGGAAGAAGUCGCGGAGCAGAAGCGCCGCCAGGAGCAGCUCCUUUCCCACAACCACUCAUCCGAUCCCAAACCCUCCUCCGACCGCGAUAGAGACAGAGACAGAGAAAGGGACAGAGACCGUGACAACAGGGAGCGCGACCGCGACAGAGACAGGGACAGAGACCGCGAUAGGGCACGUGACCGGGACCGGGACCGCGAACCUGAACGCCGAAACAGAGAGAGGGAGCGCGAAGAGGAUACCCGGGCCCGUGAGCGAGCUCGGUCGGAGAAACUCGCGGAGCGCGAGAGGGCACGUGACCGGGACCGCGAGGCCGAGCGCCGCAACAGAGAAAGGGAGCGCGAAGAGGAGACCCGGGCACGCGAGCGAGCUCGCUUGGAGAAACUCGCGGAGCGCGAGCGCGAGAAGGAGCUUGAGUCCAUCAAGGAGCAGUACCUGGGCUCAAAGAAGCCCAAGAAGCGCGUGAUCAAGCCCAGCGAGAAGUUCCGGUUCUCCUUCGACUGGGAGAACACGGAGGACACUUCGCGCGAUAUGAACGUUCUUUACCAGAACCCCCACGAAGCUCAGCUCCUCUUCGGCCGCGGCUUCCGUGCUGGCAUGGAUCGCCGUGAGCAGAAGAAGCUCGCCGCCAAGAACGAGAAAGAGAUGCGCGAGCAAAUCCGCAAGAAGGACGGCCUCGAGGAGAAGCCCGAGGAGGCCGACGCUCAGCGCCGCAAGGAGGCCGCCGCCGAUCUCUACGACACCUUCGACAUGCGAGUGGACCGCCACUGGAGCGAGAAGAAGCUCGAAGAGAUGACCGAGAGGGAUUGGCGCAUCUUCAGAGAAGACUACAACAUCUCCUAUAAGGGUUCCAAGAUUCCUCGCCCCAUGAGGAGCUGGAUCGAGAGCAAGUUGAGCCAGGAGCUCUUGAAAGCUGUGGAGAAGGCUGGCUAUAAAACCCCUUCUCCUAUUCAGAUGGCAGCCAUUCCCCUUGGCUUGCAGCAGCGUGAUGUCAUUGGCAUUGCUGAGACUGGUUCCGGGAAAACCGCGGCGUUUGUGCUUCCCAUGUUGAGCUACAUCACCAGACUUCCUCCCAUGAGUGAGGACAACGACGCCGAGGGUCCCUAUGCUGUUGUCAUGGCCCCCACUCGCGAGCUCGCGCAGCAGAUUGAGGAUGAGACUGUUAAGUUUGCGCAGUAUUUGGGAAUCAAAGUGGUGUCCAUUGUUGGUGGACAAUCCAUUGAGGAGCAAGGGUUUAAGAUCAGGCAGGGCUGUGAGAUUGUCAUUGCCACUCCUGGACGUUUGAUUGAUUGCUUGGAACGGCGCUAUGCUGUUCUAAAUCAGUGCAAUUAUGUUGUUCUUGAUGAGGCUGAUCGCAUGAUUGACAUGGGGUUUGAGCCCCAGGUGAUGGGUGUCCUUGAUGCCAUGCCUUCCAGCAAUCUCAAACCGGAGAAUGAAGAUGAGGAGCUUGAUGAGAAGAAGAUUUACCGGACCACUUAUAUGUUCAGCGCCACCAUGCCCCCUGCUGUGGAGAGGCUUGCAAGGAAGUAUUUGAGGAACCCUGUUGUGGUCACCAUCGGCACUGCUGGAAAGGCAACUGAUUUGAUCAGCCAGCAUGUGAUCAUGAUGAAGGAGUCUGAGAAAUUUUACAAGCUUCAGAGAUUGCUUGACGAGCUUAACGACAAGACUGCGAUCGUGUUUGUCAACACCAAAAAGAAUGCGGAUAUGGUUGCGAAGAAUUUGGACAAGGAAGGGUAUCGCGUGACCACUUUGCAUGGAGGGAAGUCGCAGGAGCAGAGAGAGAUUAGUCUUGAGGGGUUUAGGACCAAGAGAUAUAAUGUUCUUGUUGCCACUGACGUUGCCGGACGUGGGAUUGACAUACCUGAUGUCGCUCAUGUUAUCAACUAUGAUAUGCCUGGGAAUAUUGAAACGUACACUCACCGUAUUGGGCGUACUGGUCGUGCAGGAAAGACGGGUGUGGCUACAACAUUCUUGACUCUUCAGGACAGUGAUGUCUUUUAUGACCUCAAGCAGAUGCUCGUUCAAAGUAACAGUCCUGUUCCACCUGAAUUGGCAAGGCACGAAGCUUCAAAAUUCAAGCCAGGAACGAUUCCUGACAGACCACCUAGACGAAAUGACACUGUUUUUGCGCAUUAAAGAAUAUUUUUUGAGGUAGCCAUUUCUUUAGAAGACAUCAACAUUGCAGCUGAUGUCAAAGUGAAGGUUGAAUGGAUACUAACAUUUGUCAAAUGUUGCUUCAGUUUGGGUUAGUUUCAGUUCUAUCGUUGGUGCCAUAUCUCAGCCUAUGCAUGACUGCUGCAGUCUUGUUCCAGCGCACCUCGUAGAGUAACUCACCCGAAAUUUUUUAACUCAUUAACAUGUAAAAUGUUUUACAAUAUCAGUAUACUUUAGCUAUCAGCAAGUUUUGUCUCGGUCGGUUAGGCAUGUACACAGACAUUUCUUAGGGUAUACAGUCUGUCUUGAAUAUAAAGCUGAUGAGAAAAUGGUGGAAGUAAGUUGUAUGAAGUUUAAUGCAAUAUCUCUAUGUUUGAUACUUUAUCA